CACCCAUCCCUCUAAGCAAACCUUCCCCCAUAUCUCUCUCUCUCUCUCUCUUCUCUUCCUAUCUCUGCAAAACCCAUCUUUCAAUUUUCCCAAUCCAAAUAUCUCAAACACCCAAUUCUUUCUAUGACCAUCAGACUCUAAAAAGCCCGAUUCUUGGCCAUGAGGAGGGGAAGAGGAGCCGCUACGAGACCCGCAGCGCCGCCGGCCGAACCCACCGGAUCCAGACCCUGUAUUGGAAAAGAGGUCCGGUACCGAGGGGUUCGGAAAAGACCGUGGGGCCGGUUUGCUGCCGAGAUCCGUGACCCGUGGAAGAAGACCCGGGUCUGGCUCGGCACCUUCGACUCAGCUGAAGACGCCGCCCGAGCCUACGAUGCCGCCGCUCGCAUCCUUCGCGGCCCCAAGGCCAAGACCAACUUCCAGAUCUCAUGUGCUUACCCUACCUUUUACAACAACCCUACCGACCCGGCUAUCGAGGCUAAGCUUUUUGGGUCGGGUUACGGGUUUCAGGACCAUCCGGCUGUAGAUCCGCAGAGACCCGCAUCCAGCAGCCUGAGCUCCACCGUGGAGUCGUUCAGUGGGCCCCGCCCGCCGCUUCAAUCGACGACGGUCGCUGCCGAGUUGACGCGGCGGAAACGACAGCCGAGGACGCCGCCCGUGGUUCCCGAGGACUGCCACAGCGACUGCGACUCGUCUUCAUCGGUAGUAGAAGACGACGGGGAUUUCGUCGCGUCGUCGUCGUUUCGCAAGGCCCCGCUGCCCUUCGAUCUAAAUUUCCCACCGUUGGAUGUGGAUGGGGAGAUGGGCGGUGGGGUGGACGGUCAGGAUCUUCGAUGUACGGCUCUAUGCCUCUGAUUGUUCGUUGUUAUUUUAAUGCCGUUGAUCGUUUGAUGAAGCAUGAUGAUCGAUGAUUCGAUUUUUUCACUUCUAAAAUUCUAAAUUUUCUCCUUUUAUUUUUGUUGUACGAUAACAAGCAUGGUGUUUGAUGAGAAUUACUUUUUUAAUUUUCUCAUUUAUAAACCAAAAAAAAAAAAAAAAAUUAUGAGAA